AUGCAAGAUGAGAAUUUACGAAAAGGGCCUUGGCUCGACGAGGAAGACGAGAGAUUGGCAUAUGUUGUCGCCAUUUUAGGCGAACGUCGUUGGGAUGCCUUAGCAAAAGCAUCAGGGUUAAGGAGGAGUGGGAAAAGUUGCAGAAUGAGAUGGAUGAACUACCUUAGACCCAACAUUAAACAUGGCCAUAUCACUGAAGAUGAAGAACAUCUAAUUAUUAAACUCCAGAAACAAAUGGGAAACAAGUGGUCAAAGAUUGCUAAACAAUUGCCUGGAAGAACUGAUAAUGAAAUAAAGAACUAUUGGAGAAGUCAUUUGAGAAAGAAAGCACUAAUUUAUGAACAAGAAUGUUCUGGAAGCAAUACUGCAAGUAAUAAUUCAGAACCAAAAUCAUCAAAUGGAAAAGAUGAUCAUUAUUCUUGUGCUGAUUCUUUAGCCGCAACAGAGGAUUCUCAUUAUAGCUUUGAUGCUGAUGACUCCUCGAGAUUGUUGGAUUGGAAGAUACCAAGUUGGUCAUAUGAACAAAGUCAAAUGGAACAUCACAUGUACUUUUGUAGAUUAAACCUAUGUUCAUGUAAUUAUCCUCAGUCUACUUCUCAUGAAGAUAACAGUAAUAUUAGUAGUACAUGGGACGGUAGUUCAUGUUCUAUCUGGGAAUAG